AUGAUCGCCCGCUUUCCUAAUCUCCUAGAGCGGUAGAAGUGAUUUCAAAUCAGCGUGUCCCAAUACCACAAGUUCAAUCUCCCUGAUCAGUCCUUCCAAAGAGGAAAGCGACGAUACCGAAACAUCCCCGUUGUCACCCUCGCCCUCGCUUCGCUCGCAAGGCCCAAUCGAAUAUUGAUGGUAUGCUGAGCUGACUGGGUGUUGUCAUCUCUUAUACAUGUAAGCUUCAGAUGACGAGUACCUUGAUUUUGCUCGGCCGUGUCGAAUUGCUUACUGUGGAGGUUUCAAUUGUGCCGCUCUGGUCUUUUUGGGGUGGAAAUGAUGUUGCGUUGCCCUGCUUCGGGUUUAGUGGGGAAGUUGGUGGGGUCGUUCAGUUUCUGUUUUGGAUUGUUGAGGGAAUAAUUGAGUGGAUUCUUAUGUCGACAGCUUGGUUGGGGAACAUCUCGUGGAACGACUUUACGAUCGGAUUGGGGGUCCCCAAGGCGGACGAGAAGACGGGGAGGGGCAAGUCAUACUCGGACGUCGUGAUGAAGGGCGUGAACUGGGUCUUGAACCAGUGGACUGUCCCGGAGGUCGUGAUCGAAGGUGUACCCACGAACAUCCUCGACACACCUGCCCGUAUGCGUAACGGCAGGCCGGAUAGGAGAAUCGGACACGAUUUCGUCAGGAUUGGGUUGCCCAAGUCCAAGAUCGCUCCGGUGUUCGAGACGUUGAGGAGCGUCAUGCCCGCUGUCAUGUCCAAUGUCUCGGUCACUGCCGGCUACUACUGGAUCAACGCGUCGUGGGGAGUCACGGGGAACCCGGCCCAGUGCGUGUACAGGGAUGCGAGUGGCGUCAUGCAGAAGACCCCUAAGGCGUACGAGUACAUGAAGAUGAUCAACGGGUCGAGCUCUUUGGGGAUCGCCACGAUCGCGGUCUCGAUAGGCAGUCAGACCACGAUGCAGGGCGGAGUCUCGGUCGCAACCCCCGGCAAAGAGGAGUUCUCAAUCAAGAUCCACAACGUGUUGCACAUGAAGAAGGUGUCGUACAGCAGCCCGCCGCAGUCAGCAGCCAACGGGUUCGAGAUCAGCGAGGAGCUCUACUCGGCUGUCGAACCGCUUACGAUGGUCGCGACCCAGAACAUCUUCUCGUCCACAUCGAGUGCUUUCAACAACGACUCCUUCAACCCAUUCGCGAGACAGCAGGUGAACGACAACAACAACGCUGCCGCGAACGACCAGACAAAGUUCCUCCUCUGA